UAGCUCCGAGGCUCAGUCCGCAAGCGUCAGCGUCUGUGCGCGUGCGUGCUGCGCCGCCGGACCAUGCGAAGGUGAAGGCACCGCCACCAUGCUCGUGCCACCCGAGAUGAUGGCUGCGCAAUCCAAGCUGGUGUACCAGAUGAACAAGUACUACAACGAGCGGGUCGCCAACCGCAAGGCGCAGAUCGCCAAAACGAUACACGAAGUGUGCAGAAUAGUUCAGGAUGUCUUGAAAGAAGUGGAACUUCAAGAACCGCGGUUUAUAUCCUCCCUGACGGAUUACAAUGGUCGGUUCGACGGGUUGGAAGUCGUCUCCCCCCAUGAGUUCGAAAUCAUCAUCUAUUUGAACCAGAUGGGGGUUUUAAACUUCGUCGACGACGGAUCUCUGCCGGGCUGCGCUGUGCUCAAGCUGAGCGACGGCAGGAAGCGAUCCAUGUCGCUGUGGGUGGAGUUCAUCACGGCGUCAGGAUACCUGUCGGCGAGGAAGAUAAGGUCGCGCUUCCAGACGCUGGUGGCGCAGGCCUGCGACAAGUGCUCGUACCGUGAUUGCGUGAAGAUGAUCGCUGAGACUACGGAAGUGAAGUUACGUAUUCGGGAACGUUACAUCGUGCAAAUAACGCCAGCGUUCAAAUGUGCCGGGCUGUGGCCGCGGUCGGCGGCGCACUGGCCGCUGCCGACGAUUCCUUGGCCGCAUCCGAACAUCGUCGCCGAGGUGAAGACCGAAGGGUUCGACUUGUUGUCGAAGGAGUGUUUGACGUUGCAAGGGAAGAACUCCGCCAUGGAAGGAGACGCGUGGGUGUUGAGUUUUUUCGAGGCAGAAAACCGCUUGCUUCAAGGCGGUUGCAGAAAAAAGUGUUUGAGCAUACUCAAGACGAUCAGGGACAGACAUUUGGACCUUCCCGGGAAUCCAGUGACGUGCUAUCACAUGAAGACGCUGUUGCUGUACGAAUGUGAGAAACAUCCGCGGGAGCACGAGUGGGACGAGGGCGCCAUAGGCGACAGGAUCAACGGCAUAUUCCUCCAGCUGAUCUCUUCUCUCCAGUGCCGCAGGUGCCCGCACUACUUCCUCCCGCACGUCGACCUCUUCAAAGGGAAGUCGCCGACGGCGAUGGAGAACGCCGCCAAACAAGUGUGGCGACUCACGCGGGAGAUGCUGACGAAUUCGCGAGCUUUCGAAAAGCUGUGAACUUAGGAGUAGCCUGUGAAGUGAGUGAACUAGUGAUGUAUCGAGUUGAUGUCGAGUCAUUUUAGUAAUUAAUCGGAUUAGAUAGUGCGUUAGUUCCUGACGACAGCGUGCGCGCGGUAGGUCUUUUAAAAGUGACCAUGUUCCCAAUUUAAGCCUAAUUCGUGUUGUCGAAUAUUCCAUGUGGAUCGGACAGACUGUAAGUAGACGUGAUACUAUCUACUAUAGUAAUUUUAUUAUACGAAGUGUCUUUGACUCUGAAACGUGUUUUGCGUUAGUACAGGUGGAGCUAUUUCUAAACAAUAUCGUCUUUAUUAACACUCAAAUGGAAUGCCUGACAAGAUUAUUAAUUUUCUGUAAACUUGAUUGAAUAAAAAAUUGUAAAUGCUGUCAAAAAAUAUUGUCAAAAAAUACGCAAUUUUUAUAAUAUCAAUUAUGAUGAAACGCAACAAACACUAUAGAUUUAGUUCAAAUACUAAGUAUUAAAAGAGUAAAAGAAACUUUGUAUUAUAAAAAUACUAUGAUACAUAAUAUACACUAGGUCCUUUCAAAUAUUAUUUGUGAUAUAAUGUAAAUAGCUUACUUAUUAAUAAUAAUAAUUAUUGUUGUACAAUUUUAGUGAUAUUUAUUUUUGAAAAAAAAAAGCGAAAGUUCGUGUAUUUAUUUGACUGAAACUUUUAAAGUAGGUGUAUAAUCUAAAACAUAUUAUUACAAUAAAAAAAUACAAUUUAAAAACUA